UCUCAAGUCUUUUUGGGAGCAUUUGGAAGCUCUAUGGCAUCUGCUUCAUAUUCAAGCCUCUCAUGGUGUUGUGCUCCAAUACCGAAACCAUCCUUCACAACUCCCUUCUCUUCAUCUCUUUUCCCUUUAAAUACUCAUGGGUUUUCACUCCAUAAAUCCGUUCCCAGUUCAAGAACCCAUGCCAAAUUUGACAAAUUUCAAGGCCAAGAAAAUCUUGAACCAGACCCACAAUUGCAAACAAUGGAGGAGGAGGAUCAAGAAGAAGAUGACAGCUGCCUGCCUUCUGAUUUGGAGGGUGCCGUUCAGCAGUCGGGCCAAGCAGCUGCCUCUUUUGUAUCUUCAGGAGGAAUGAGAGCCAUUGUUGAGCUCUUAAUACCACAGCUUCAGUUUCUUGAUGAUGAGGGUGCACAAGCUGAAUUAUGGGAACUAUCAAGAACAUUUUUGGAAACACUUAUUGAGGGGACGGGAUGCGAGAGAGUUAAAGCCAUUUUUCCAGAUGCUGGAGCUGCCGCACUCCUGAAAUAUCGGUGGAAAGAUGCUACAUUUGGAUUCGCCAGUCUAGGUGAUCGGAAGCCAGUCAGUAAGGAAGACGAAAUUGUAGUCAUGGUAGUUCCUGAUUAUCAGAUGCUGGAAUAUGUAGAGAAAAUUGCAUCCGAUCUCUCAGAUGACCCGCCUAGGCCUCUUAUCAUGUGGAACCCACGUCUAAUUAGUGAGGAUGUCGGAGUGGGGAUCAAUGUACGCAGGCUGCGGCGCAAUUUUUUAAGCACCUUUACUGUGGCUUACUCGAUGAGACCUCUACCAGAUGGCGCUGUAUUUAGAUGUUAUCCCGGAUUAUGGAAAGUGUUCUAUGAUGAUAAGGACCGACCAAACAGAUAUCUUCUUGCCAAAGAACAGAUCAGCCGUCCAACUAUAGAAGAUCUGGAGAUAAUAUAUGGAGGUGUGGAUGAGAAGGAAGAUAAGGGCCCCUCACUGUUAAAUCAAGCAGCUGGAAUCUUCUCUUCUAUAAACCGCUUCAUGAAAGUCAUUUCAAGAUAGACCGUGCCUUCACUUUUUAACACAGAGGCGUAGUGCUGAGCAUUUAACUAAAUGACACAAACAAUCAGCACCAGGAUUUGCUUGUAAAUGCACUCCUCUAUCUAUUAUCAGUUUGCAGAUCUUUCAGAAUGGAUUAGCAGAGUAUAUAUCAAAUUACUUGGUGCAUUCAGUUUCCUUGAUCAGAGAAGUUGUGGUAUAUUUUCAAGGAACUCUUUUGUAAUUCUAUUUUUGUUCAAACAGAAAGAGAAUCUUCCACAAUAGUAGCAAACAGUUCACUUUUCAGAAAUCAGACAAUUUGAUUUGAUCC